AUGCCCAAAACCUUUUCUAGCCACCGUAACUGGUACUUAACCACUCUUGCCUCCAUAUCAAAUAGUGUUGAAACCAGCAUAGAUUCCGUGUCGUCUUCUAAACUUGUAUAUGCUUACACUAAUGUUAUCAGUGGUUUCAGUGCAACUCUUUCACACGCUGAGCUUGAAUCCCUCAGAAAUUUCCCAGGUUAUGUUUCUUCAGUUAAAGAUACUAGUGCCAUAGUUGACACCACUCAUUCAUACCAAUUCCUUGGCCUGAAUUCUAAUCAAGGGGCGUGGCCAGAAUCGGACUAUGGAAAAGAUGUCAUAAUUGGAGUGGUGGAUACUGGAGUUUGGCCUGAGAGCGAAAGCUUUAGGGAUGAUGGAAUGACUGAUAUUCCAUCAAGAUGGAAAGGAGAAUGUGAAAGUGGUACUCAGUUUAAUUCCUCCUUGUGCAACAAAAAGCUUAUUGGAGCAAGAUAUUUCAACAAAGGCCUACUUGCAAACUAUCCCAACUUGACCAUCACAAUGAAUUCUGCGCGCGAUACUGAUGGGCAUGGGACUCACACUUCGUCCACAGCAGGUGGUAAUUAUGUUGAGGCUGCAUCAUUCUUCGGCUACGCCUCAGGGACUUCCCGAGGCAUUGCUCCCAAGGCUCGAAUUGCCAUGUACAAGGCCUUGUGGGAUGAAGGCGUUUAUUUAUCUGAUAUUCUGGCUGCAAUUGAUCAGGCAAUAAUGGAUGGGGUGGAUGUAUUAUCCUUAUCACUGGGAAUAGAUGGUCUUCCUCUGUAUGCAGAUCCUGUUGCCAUAGCUACUUUUGCAGCAGUGGAAAAGGGUAUAUUUGUUUCUGCUUCAUCUGGAAAUGAGGGUCCAUAUAUUGGAACUUUGCACAAUGGUUCACCUUGGGUCCUCAAUGUUGCUGCUGGAACAAUUGUCAGGCAAUUCGAGGCGAGUUUAACACUUGGCAAUGGAAUCUCAGUCACGGGUUUAUCUCUCUACCCAGGAAACUUUUCUUCAUCUGAUGUAUUCCCGAUUGUAUUCGUGGAUUGCAAAAAUGAGAAGGAAUUGAAGAAAAUUGGAGACAAGAUUGCAGUGUGUCUUGACUCUAAUGAUAAGCUGACUGAACAAUUGUACAAUGUGGGCAAUGCAAAAGUCAUUGGUGGUUUCUUCAUAACAAACAACACCGAUUUAGAGUUCUUCACCGAAAGCAGAUUUCCAGCAGCCUUUUUCAAUCUUGAAGAAGGUCAAAAUAUUUUGGACUACAUUAAGAAAGAAUCUGAUCCAAAAGCAAGCAUUAAGUUUGAACAGACAAGACUGGGGAUUAAAUCAGCUCCAAAAGUGGCCAGCUAUAGCUCAAGAGGACCAUCACCAAUUGAUGAUUCCAAAGAUAACAUCAAUCUAGGUGAUGGUUCCCAAGAGAUAUCAGGUUAUCUUGUCUCCCUUUCUUCAUGGAUCCAUUUUGAGUUAUUGAUUAAAGAUUUUGGCUUCUAG